CUAGCCAGCCAGCAAGUGGCAGUAGUACUGCACCUUACUAUCCUUCUAUAUAUGUCUCUCCUUCUGCACCUCUGCCUUAGCCUUUGAAGCAAGAACUGCACAAGCUAGAAGGAGAGAAAUCAAGGGGCGCAGGAGACGCAGAAAGGGAUUAACUUGGCGUGUUUCCUGUUUGGAUCGAUCGUGAUGGGUCGCGGGAAGAUCGAGAUCAAGCGGAUCGAGAACGCGACGAACAGGCAGGUGACCUUCUCCAAGCGCCGGGGAGGGCUGCUGAAGAAGGCCAACGAGCUGGCCGUGCUCUGCGACGCCCGCGUCGGCGUCGUCGUCUUCUCCAGCACCGGCAGGAUGUUCGAGUACUCCAGCCCUGCGUGCACCUUGAGGGAUCUCAUUGAGCAGUACCAGAACACCAGCAACAGUCAAUUUGAGGAGAUUAACCACGAUCAGCAAAUAUUUGUGGAGAUGACACGGAUGAGGAACGAGAUGGAGAAGCUGGAAAGUGGCAUCCGGAGGUACACCGGCGACGAUCUCGCCUCCCUCUCCCUCGCCGACAUCAAUGACAUAGAGCAGCAGCUUGAGUUCUCCGUCAGCAAAGUUCGCACAAGAAAGCAUCAGCUCCUAAACCAGCAGCUUGACAACUUGCGUCGCAAGGAGCAUAUCUUGGAAGAUCAGAACAGUUUCCUGUGCCGCAUGAUCAGCGAGAACCAGCAUGGCGUGGGCGGUGAGCCGAAGAUGGUGGGGAUGCCGCCAGUGCUGUCGAUGCUGACGCCGGCCUUCCCACCGACGCCCUACUACGGUGGUGAGGAGUCUUCGAGCACGGCGCUGCAGCUGACAUCCCCGCAGCUGCAGCUCCAAGCUGCCGAAGCCGCCGGUUUCCGGCUGCAGCCGACGCAGCCCAACCUGCAGGACCCGGCCUGCAGCAGUCUCCACGCCGGCCACGGCCUCCACCUUUGAAAUUUGAUGAUCAUGAUGCGUGCGCUGAUCGGCUGAUGGACUGCUGCUGGAUGGUGGAAUAAGACGAUCACAUUGGGUGGAAGAUUGGUUGUUCGUUGAAGCAUGGAAGAGGAGGAAAUAGUUAAUUUGGGAACUAUAUAUGUGUAAGAUUCGAGCUGUGUGUCGUGUGUGUGGGAGUUGGUUCAUCUGUGGCGUAUUUAGCUCAAUGCAUAGACGAUGCAUGCAUGUGAUAAUAAAAUUCAUUUAUCGAGGAGCAUUUACAUUUAA